GAGGGAGAGAAGAUGAAAAAAAAUCGAUAAAACAGAGGAGGAGAAGAAGAAGAAGAAGAAGAAGAAGAAGGAUUGUUGCUGUAGGAGACGAAAAUCACAGGCAAAAAAAAAAGAAAAAAAAAAGGACAAAAAUUCGAACAAAAAGGGCAAAUAAACAUGACUAGCCAGGAAUUCAGAGUAGAGGAGGCACAAUGAUUUUAAGAUUCGAAGGAGAAAACUUACCUGAUUAUGGGAAUGAUUCAAAUAUGUUUUCUGUUUGUUUACAUCAUGGGGGAAAAUUUGUUAAUAAAUUUGGUGAUAAGAAAUAUGAAGGAGGGAGAGUUUCAUAUUUUGAUUACUGUGUUUGUGAUAUGAUUAAUGUUCAAUUAGAGAGAAUGGAUAAGAGUUUGGGGUACAAAUAUCAUUUUGGUUUUCUAUACAAACCACAUGAAAAAGAUCUGAAUUUUGGAUUUAUGUUGUAUGGAGACAAGUCAAUGUUGAAUUUUAUUGAGGUUCUAGAAAAAAUGAGGGUAAUAGAAUAGUUGAUAUUUAUUUAGUUCUCCCUGAUGAGUUCAUUGAUGAAACACUUGUUGAGGAGGGCCUACCUGUUUUGGAGCCAUUAAGAGAGAAGGAUCCCACCAUAAUAGAUAUUGACCAUGCUGCCCCAAGUACAUAUGAGGAACAAGACAUAGAGAUUCCAUUUACAGACCCCACCCCCCAAUAUAACACACUAUCUGAAGCCUUUGUUGAUCUAAAUGAAAAUGUAAAUAAUAUUCAUUUAGAGCAUGAGUAUGAGUCAAAGAGGGUUGGUGAGGAGUUUGAGACAGAAGGAGUUGGUGAGCAAAGGGAUGAAGUUAUGAAUGAAGAUGAAGCAUUUGAGUUGAGAGAAGAAGAGUAUGAGGGUGACAAUGGAAAUGGGGAUGAGGAAGAUUAUGAGUAUAAUGACCCCACUCAAUGGUGGAUUAGUGUAGUUGAAGAGUGCGCAGAUGGUGAUGAUGACAGUGUUGGUUUCAAUUCUGAAGAUGAACUACAAAGUUUACCAAGUGAUGAUGAUGGCAAUGGUCCUUCCCAAAAGCAUAGGGAAUUUAACCCUAAGGUGCACAUGGCAAAUGUCAAAUUUGUGCUUAAGAUGGAGUUCGCUUCUGUGGCAUUGUUGAGAGAAGCAAUCCAAACAUACUUCAUACAAUCCGAAAGGGAGUACAACUAUGUCUUCAAUAAUAGUCAAAAAUUGAGAGUCAAGUGCAAAGGAAAAGGAUGUCCAUGGAUAUUGUAUGCACGCGUACUUAAUGAUAGGAGCACAUUCAGGAUAAACACACUUGUGGAUGAGCAUUCAUGCAGCCAGGUGUUCAAAAAUAGACAUGUUACUGGUGGGUGGUUAGCAAAUAAUUUUUUAGAACAAUUCAGGGCGAAUCCGGAUAUGUCAUACAAGCAAUGGAAACAGUUGACUUGCACAACCAAAUAUUCUUAUAUUUCUGAAUGGAGAUUUUACAGAGCAAAGAAAGAAGCUAUGAAGAUACUUGAAGGAAGUGUUAGAGACCAAUUUGCUAUUGUGGAGGACUACUGCAAGCAAAUUUUGGCAACUAAUCCAGGUAGCACAGCUUUGUUGAAGACCACCAUGAGAGGUGGUAAGAGGUACUUUGAGAGAGUUUACAUAUGUUUGAAGGCAUGCAAGGAUGGAUUCAUAAAGGGGUGUAGGCCUUUGAUAGGCUUGGAUGGGUGUUUUCUUAAAGGAUAUUGUAAGGGUGUAUUGCUUGCAACUGUAGGUAGGGGUGGCAAUUCGUCUUAUGCAAUAGUGGAGAAGGAGAACACAGAGACAUGGAAGUGGUUUGUGGAGAUAUUAAAGGAAGAUUUACAAGUUGAAAAUCCAUCAAAAUUCACAUUGAUGAGUGAUAGGCAGAAAGGGUUGGAGAAUGCCAUGAAAUCUUUGUGGGAUGGGGCACAUGUGCGAUAUUGUGUGAGACACAUGCAUUCAAAUUUUAAGAAAGAUUUUCCUGGUUUAUUGUUAAAGCAGUUGUUAUGGGCAGCUGUUCGAGCUUCCACUAAAGAAGAGUUUGUGAAAUGCAUGAAAGCAAUUAAGGAUGUUAAUGAGAGUGCAUAUAACUGGUUAAUGGCUAAGAAUGCAUCUGAAUGGACAAGAUUACAUUUUGAUGACUCUGUGAAAUGUGAUAUGGUGUUAAACAAUAUGUGUAAGAGUUUCAACUCCGCUAUACUUGAAGCUAGAGACAAGGCUGUUGUCACGCUCCUAGAGAAGAUUAGAUUCUGGUUGAUGGUUAGAUUUUGCAAAAAGAGGGAAAGCGUCAACAAAUGGAGAGAUGGGAUUAGCAAGCGGAUAUGGGAUCUCCUUGAGAAAAAUAAAGAGGUAGCAAAAAAAUGUCACACAAAUAGAGCAAAUGCAUUUAACUUUCAGGUUACUCACGAGACUGAUGGGUCCUUUGUGGUAGACCUAAUUGCUCUCACAUGCACUUGUAGGAAGUUUGAGUUGAAUGGUUUGCCUUGUAGUCAUGCAGUGGCAGCCAUUUGGAAAAGAGGGCUCAAUGUGCUAGACUAUGUGCAUGACUACUACAAGAAAGAGAGCUUCAUACAUGCGUAUGAAGGGGUUGUGCAACCUAUGCCAAGUCCGGAUAAAUGGCCAUCUUCAAGCAAUGCUCCAAUCCUUCCACCUCCUGAAUACAAACUUCCUGGUAGACCAAAAAAGUCUAGGAAGAGGGAGGUAGAUGAGCCCCCUGCUGGUGCCACAAAAUCUAACAGACAUGGAUCAAAAAUGCAUUGUAGUAAAUGUGGUGGUGAAGGACAUAAUAAAAGUUCUUGUACAAGUCAAAACACAGCAAAGGCUACACAAGCGAAGAAGCGUGGCAGACCCCUUGCAAAAACUCCGAAAGUGGAUACCAUAAAAAGGAAGGAAAGACUUAAGAGGCAAAGAGCUAGGGAGGCUUCUUCAACUAGUCAACCAAGCAAUACUCUUAACUGA